UAUGCCCUCAUCCCUUCCAUGAAAUCCGAUAACUUCUCGGAUUCGAGUCACAGCGAGAUCUCCUCGCGCUCCAGCAUCGUGAGCAACUGCUCGGUGGACUCCAUGUCGGCGGCGCUGCAGGACGAGCGGGGCCUGUCCCAGUCCCUCCUCGUGGUCGAUUCCGCGGGGGCCGGGCGGAAGGGGGGCUCGCCGACUACGCGCAGCCCUGCCCCGGCUGGUCGCUGAGCAGGCCUGCCCUCAUCAGAGGGAUGGCGUUCACGUCGUCCAUGAGCAGCGAGGAGAUCUCCCACGAGCACAUCCUGGUGGAGGCAGCGGACAGCGGCCGGGGGAGCUGGACGUCGUGUUCGAGCAGCUCCCACGACAACUUCCAGAACAUCCCCAACCAGAAGAGCUGGGACCUCCUCAAUUCCUACCGUCACACCCAGCUGGAUGGACCUAUAGCUGAAGUCGAUCCCACAAAUUGUUACUCUGAGGAGGCUUAUUUAUAUUCCGAACCCUUUUCCAAAAAUAACAGGCAGUCGAAAGCCAACCUGGAAGGGGAUCAGUCUCGGCAGAGCUGGGCCUCCUCGAGCUCCCUCUCGGACACGUAUGAGACAAACUAUGGGACGAUUAAGCGGAGGGGGCUGGAGACGUCGGCGGCGGAGCAGACGGAGGUUUUGGACUCUAAACCAGGCACCGACACAACUUACAAAACUGUUACUUCAAGUACAGAAAAAGGCCUGAUAGUGUACUGUGUCACCUCACCUAAGAAGGACGAUAGGUAUAGGGAGCCACCGCCCACCCCUCCGGGCUACCUGGGCAUUUCCUUAGCGGACAUAAAGGAAGGAUCGCCCCACCACCCGCACCUCAAACCUCCCGACUAUAGCGUGGCCGUGCAGCGGUCCCGGAUGCUGCACGGGGACCUCUCUAGACUCGCAGCAGCUCCUCUCGGUAGUGACGCGGUGGCCUCGAAGAUGCCUCCGUGGCAUAGUCGGCAACCGGCCAGCAUGCUUGCACGCUCGUGUGUGCACACGUGUGACUGUCCAUGUGCACAUGCUUGCACGCUCAUGUGUGCACACAUGUGGCUGUGUGUCCGUGUACACGCCUGCACACUGCAGACGAGCAAGUGUCGGCCGUGUGACCCCCGGGCCCGCGCGUGCCGCCCCGCUGGCCACGCUCCCCACGCGCUGCUGCUACCCCAGGCGCCGCGUUCGCCUCUGCAGGGCCAAGACACAGCCUGGACCCCCCGGCUCUGCCCUGCUCCAUCUGCCCCUGUCACGAGCAGCGUUUCUGCCCGGGAACUGGGCAGCUCCUCCAAGGAGCCACCAACACCAGGAUCACGGGAUGCACCGGUCUCCUCCCUUCGGGGAGGACUGGUCAUCGAGAGCGCUUGA